AUGAAUACAGACGAUUUACAAUAUCGCGAAUUUCCUAUCAAUGAUGAUAAUGAAAAAGACCUAACAAUACCUUAUAACGAAACCGAAGUGUUUCAUUCGAUCUGGGACGCUUUACGAUGGAAACACAUUCGUAGACGUGUACCAACUUGCUUCAAGAAGACAAUCCGUAGUCGAUAUAUGCUCGCUAAUUUGGUGUACUUGGGUUAUACAAUUGGAUUUCUCGUAGCAGAUUUUAGUUUUCCCAUCAAUGCAUCGACCGAUGAGACAUCGAAUAUAUCGGACAGUACAGCAGUGAUGACAACUGCAAUUCUUGAUCAGCCUGCUGGUGAUCCACCAGUAGUUAAUAAAAUGUAUUUUAGUUUUGCUAUUGUUCAUCUUGUCUCAGCUAUUCUCUAUUGGUGGGCAUGGGAUGAUCGAUCAUGGCGUGAUGUGAUUAUGAUACCUGAAUAUCUCAAUAUGAUCGAAGCUGGACUUUAUAUCUGGUCAACUAGCUGGUAUCCAAGACUAGACACACUUGGAGGUUACUAUACAAUGUUCAUUCAUAAAAUUGAAACAACGGCCGGUGUUAUCGAUGUAUUCGCAACAUUUGGAUGGAUUAUGUCUUGGUAUAUGACAUACACACGUACACUUGGUCGUGGUUUUUCACUCGAUGAUCCCGAUGUAAUCGCAUUUUCCAUGACGACGCUAGGUGCCAUAGUUUAUGUGGUAUACAACGUUCAAGUUCUGGUCCAUCCAGAAGAUUAUGAUGGUAAUACAUUGUAUACGAAGGCAGAUAUCAUCUUCUUUGUUGGUGCUUGCUUUUAUAUCUUUGCGAAUAUGCGUGAUCUCAAUUGGUUUUGGUUUCUUCCAUUAGCUGGUCAGUAUGGAGUGGCACCGGGUAGAGUUUCUGUUCCAACAAAAGUUCUACCACAGUAUGGAAAAGCAGUUGUAUUAAUGACAGAUUGUUGUCUGAAACGGCCGAAUAAACCAAUCGAACAGCCAAAACACAUUCAGCUGAAUAUUGAUGAUGGUGUCAUCUCUACGUAUUUCUGA